CCAUUGUGUCGGCUAUCAGUAAUUGUUUCCAAAAACUAUAAAAGGCGAAGGGGGACCUUUCUCAUUUCUCCCUCGAGUUUCGACUAUAUCCCUCUCCCUCUCUCCUUGCCGCGGGACGGCUUCUCGCUGGAAAUCUUGCCGCCGCGAGGAGAAGAAAGUCCUCUGUGUUGCUACCACAUUCUCUCACGACACCGCAUAGCUUUCUCCACCGGUGAUAGUUUGUUUUGGUUGGUUUCCUGAAACAGUUUUGAGAACUUGGUAAUCACAACUUGAGGAAUAGAUGGCAGGAAUUCUUUUUGAGGAUAUCUUCACCUUGACUAGGAUCAAUCCUGAUGGUAAAAAAUUUGACAAAGUUUCUCGAAUAGAAGCUCGCAGUGAACAAUUUGACAUGUACAUGCUCCUUGAUGUAAAUACAGAAAUCUAUCCUCUUAAAGUUGAUGACAAAUUUACUAUGGUUCUGGCUAGUACUCUAAACUUGGACGGAAGUGCUGAUAGUGGGUACUUUGUGCAGGGCCCAAGAAAAACACUUGCUGACAAGUUUGAAUAUGUGAUGCAUGGAAAGCUAUAUAAGAUUUCUGAGGAAGGUUCUGGCACGAAUGUGAAAUUGGAGAUUUACGUAUCAUUUGGAGGACUGCUGAUGCUUCUGCAGGGAGACCCAACCUCAAACCUUUCUAAUUUCCAGCUGGACCAGCGGUUGUUUCUUCUGAUGAGGAAGGUCUGAGUAAUUUCCCAUGAAUGAGAAAAUGUUCUCUGACAUAGAAAUCUUGACAUAAGCUUGGACAAAAAAUUAGUGCCUGAAGUUUUUAAUACAGAAUCAGUAGUUGAACUUCC